AUGAAACAUGAAUUGGGUGAGUGUUAUGAGUCCCCUACUCAACUAAGGUUUGCAUUAACAAACUAUGAAGUCCAUAAUGGAUACCAAAUUUACUUUGAGAAGAGAGAUCAUAGAGUUAGGGUUAUUGCUAGGUGUGGCAACAGUUAUAAUGAUCAAAAGCCAUGUCCUUUUAGGGUAGCAACUGGUUGGAAGUAUAAUGAAAGGACAUUCCAAAUUAAAUCCAUUGUUAAGACUCAUCUUUGUGCUAGGAAUUACAACUUCAGUAACUUAGUUACUUCUGACUGGUUAGCCAAGCACUACUUGCAAGAUGUCACCAUGAAGACCAAAAUGACAUUGGAUGAGAUGAAAGAAGAUGUUUUGAGGAGGUUUUCAGAGAAUGUAUCCAAGGGGCAAUGUCAAAGAGCAAGGUUGCGGAAGGUAAUACCAAGUGGAGGUUAUUUGUUUGAGAUCAGGUAUACAUAUGAUGGUUACAAGGCAACAAUCACCUAUGUGCACAAAGAUCCCAUUUACUUUAAAUCUUCAUGGUUCCAUAAGGACAAGUUAAUUGCAACCUACAUGGAGAAUAUCUUGCUUGUUGGUGGAAGCAAAAUGUGGCAAAGGACUGAUUUUAUCAAGCCACUACCACCUCUUGUAAGGAGAAUGCUUGGGAGACCUAAAGUGAAAGAGCCUAAGGUUGAGGUGAAAGAGCAUGAGGUUAAGGAGAAUGAGAAUGAGGUUGUGGACAUGGACAUAGAGCCUGAGCUUGAGGUAAAGGAAACUGGGGUAAAGGUCAUGGAGAAUGAGGUUGAGAACAAUAAUGAUGAUGUGUGCAUGAUAAGAGACAUGGUUGAAUUCGGAUAUGCACAAGUUGAAAUUGAUUUAACCACGCGAAAGGUGAGGUGA